AUGCUCCUAAAACCGUGUGGCCUAGUGCCCAUCACAGGCAGGAGAUAUCUCUUUAAAAAGGCUAAAAACACUCUGAAGGUAGCAGGGUCAAACCUCCCUACUGCACCCUUCAGAGAAGAAGUCGAUUCCAAACAUCACGAAUAUUCCAUUCGACCUGAUACCUUUGCAUUCAAGGUUUCUGCUGACCUAACCAGUGUAGUUGGUAAGGAACACUCGUCACGGUCACAAAGUGAGCAUCCGCUCCAGAAAAACAGAACCAGCGAGUUCAGCUCCUUCAAUGUACUUGAGUAUAUUUAUAAGAAUGCCACCAACUAUCCAUUCCACGACAAGACUCCACAGGAUGUGUUUGAUCGAUUCCCCAUGACUAACUCCUCUCGAAUGGGGAGGUUGAACCACCGUCCGCGGAAAGUCAAGAUGUUAUCGUCUGACUUUAUCGAAGACUCCCUCUACAAUCCCAACUAUGGGUAUUUCUCCAAAGAGGUGGAGAUUUUCCACAAUGAUAAACCCUUCGACUACAACAACAUCGAGGACGUCGAUGGGUUUAUGGACGCAUGGCAGAAAGCCUAUGCAAAGUAUGAUGAGGUCAAUCCUCCCCAGCCAGUAUCCAAUUCUUUCAAUGAGGACUUAAUGUCUAAUUCGAAGUCUGAAUCAAAGUCUGAAUCUCUGCUGGUGUUUGCUAAGCACGCGAAGACUAUCCAACGCCAGGACUUGGUGGCUGCCGGAGGAGCUCCAAAGACGAAGAAAUCCAUCCAGUUGUGGCAUACGCCCACGGAGCUCUUCUCUCCAUACUACGGAGAGGCUCUAGCUCGCUAUAUUGUGGUUAAUUAUAAGCUCAACGGAUGCUACCCAUACGAGGACUUGAUAAUCUACGAAAUGGGAGGCGGAAAUGGAACGUUAAUGUGCAAUAUCUUGAACUAUAUCAGAACUAAUGAGCCAGAUAUUUAUGCAAGGACCCAGUACAAAAUCAUUGAGAUCUCGUCGCAGUUAGCUCUCAAGCAGUUUUCGCUGGCCAUGAAGCAGAAGUUGGUGGCGCAGAACUUAGAUACCGAGAAGCUUGAAAUCAUCAACAAGUCCAUAUUCAAAUGGGAUAAGACUGUCGAGCAGCCGUGCUUCUUUAUUGCCCUCGAGGUUUUCGAUAACUUUGCUCAUGAUUUGGUUAGAUAUGAUGCAACCACUGGGGAGCCUUACGAAGGAUAUGUGGUUGUAGACGAAGAGGGUGAUUUCUACGAGUUCUUCACUCCCGAGUUGAGCUAUUACACAAACGCUUUCUUGAAUUUGAGGGAAAAUGGUAACUAUCCUAUCUUGCCUCAAGUCGACUCCAUGUCUGGAAGACUCAAGAAGCUUGCAACUUUAGUGCCUUUCCUCACCGAUAAGGAUGCUAUUCAUCCUUUGUUGCAUUCACGGACUAAGUUAACAUUAAAAAACCGUGUUGCUCCGUUCAAAGACAACUUGACACCUGGUGAAUUUAUUCCUACUAGACUUUUACAAUUUUUCCAGAUCUUAAAGCACAGAUUCCCAAACCACUCUUUGAUCAGUUCCGACUUCUCCAGUCUACCAAACUCCAUCAAGGGCUACUAUAAUGCCCCUGUGGUGCAGACAGUGAUUCAGGAUAAAAUGGUGGAUGUAUCGACGUAUAUGUGUCACCAGGGCUACUUUGAUAUCAUGUUUCCUACUGACUUCAACCUUGCAAGCGACAUGUAUAAAAAGGUGACAGGAAAACUUGCAAAAGUGGAACUGCAUCAAGAAUUUUUGGAGCAGUGGUCAGAUGUUGACCUGACAACGACUAAGAAGGGAGAGAACCCGAUGUUGGACUUUUAUAAAAAUGUGAGUUUCAUGGUCACUUAG